CCAUGACAUAGCAGAUCAUGAGAGACUCACACCCACCGGGAGGAGGGAGCAGCUUAUCUCACCCACCGGGAGGAGGGAGCAGCUUAUCUCACAGGCCUCACUGCUCCUGCACUACAACUCCCAGCAUUCCCCGCACACGUGACCCCGGCUCCUGACCUUCAUGAUCUGCCCUCCUGCCCCCUCACUACAUGUGCCCCUGUGCUGUGCUGUGACCUGGGGCCGGCAUGCUGGGUAUCCUCUCAGUGGGGCAUGGCACUGCCAGGGGAAGACUAUGGCAGCUGCACACACAGCCCGUCUAUAGAGCAUUGUGGAGAGACCCUCAGAAGACCCUCCCCAAGACAAGACCCCAAUGGCCUGAGCCCUGGAGGACUACAAGUGCCCACAGACUGCACUGGGCAUGGCGCUGCCAGACACCUACUGCUGCCACCUACCGGUAUUACAGCAACUUCCCAAGAGCCGAGGGGGCAUCUGAGAAGGUCCCAAGAAAGGACGAUAAAGGUCCCCAGAGGCUGCCCUCCCAAGAUGUCAAGAGGCUGCUGACCCUGUCCGAACCAGAGAAGUGGAGGCUCACAGCCGCCGUUGGUUUCCUCACCGUCUCCAGUGUUAUCACCAUGUCGGCCCCUUUCUUCCUCGGUAAAGUGAUUGAUGUGAUUUACUCCAGUCCCAACCAGGACCUGACAACCAGCCUCACCACCCUGUGUGCCUUACUGAGCGGGGUGUUCCUGUGCGGAGCCGUCGCCAACGGGACCCGCGUCUACCUCAUGCAAACCUCAGGACAGCGGAUUGUGCGCAGGCUGCGCUCCUCGCUCUUCUCCUCGCUGCUCAGGCAGGAGGUCGGCUUCUUUGACAAGACGCGUACGGGGGAGCUGAUCAACCGAUUGUCCUCGGACACAGUUCUGAUUGGCAGAUCGGUCACGGAGAACCUGUCGGAUGGACUGAGGGCCCUGGCGCAGGCGUCGGUCGGAGUGGGGAUGAUGUUUUUUGUGUCUCCACAAUUGGCCACCUUUGUCCUGAGCAUUGUUCCUCCACUCGCCAUUGUCGCGGUGAUUUACGGGAGAUAUUUACGGAAAGUCUCUAAACUGACUCAGGACUCGCUUGCUGAAGCCGCCCAGCUGUCAGAAGAACGUAUCAGUAACAUCCGGACGGUGCGAGCCUUUGGGAAGGAGAUAGUGGAAAUGAAGAAGUAUGACAGUAAGGUGGACUAUGUGCUGGAGCUGGCCUAUAAGGAGGCCUUUGCCCGGGCCGGCUUCUUUGGUCUUACCGGCCUCUCUGGGAACCUUAUUGUGCUGGCGGUGUUAUAUAAGGGCGGCCUGUUGAUGGAGGCGGCAAACAUGACGGUGGGCGAGCUGUCCUCCUUCCUCAUGUAUGCCUUCUGGGUGGGGAUCAGCAUCGGAGGGCUCAGCUCCUUCUACUCGGAGUUGAUGAAGGGAUUUGGUGCCGGAUCUCGUAUCUGGGAAUUGCUGGACCGGAAACCUGUGAUGCCUUUUAAUGAGGGCUUAGUAAUUACACCUGAGAAGUUUAGAGGAGCCCUGGAUUUCCGGGACGUGAGCUUCAUGUACCCAAGCCGGCCAGAUGCUCCUAUUUUCCAAGAUUUGAACCUCUCCAUCCCGUCAGGAUCAAUGAUGGCCGUGGUGGGACCAAGCGGCUCUGGAAAAUCCACGUUAGUUUCUCUGCUGUUGCGGCUGUACGAUCCCAGCACAGGAUCUAUCUAUAUUGAUGGACAUGACCUGCGUCACCUCAACCCACUUUGGUUACGGUCUAAGAUCGGCACCGUCAGCCAGGAACCGGUCUUGUUCUCCUGCUCUAUCUCGGAGAAUAUUGCCUAUGGGGCAGAAGACCCUUCUACAGUCACACCGGAGCAGAUACAGAGGGUGGCUGAGGUCGCCAACGCCAUGGGGUUCAUUGAAAACUUCCCAAAAGGUUUUGACACUGUUGUUGGGGAGAAAGGCGUCCUCCUGUCAGGUGGACAGAAACAAAGAAUUGCCAUUGCCAGAGCGUUACUUAAGAACCCCAGAAUUCUUCUCCUGGAUGAAGCGACGAGCGCCCUGGACGCAGAGAACGAAUACCUCGUGCAGGAAGCCCUGGACCGUCUGAUGGAAGGCCGGACGGUUCUCAUCAUCGCCCAUCGGUUGUCCACCAUUCAGAACGCAGAUGCUGUGGCCGUCCUGGACCAGGGCCGAGUGGUGGAAUGCGGUAAACACGAGCAACUCCUGCAAAACCGGAACGGCCUCUUCAGUAAACUGAUGGAGAAGCAGUCCAGCCUCCUGCGCCAUAGAGACGCUGCCCUGAGCGCCCCCCGGUGACCGCACAACAAUUUGGUUUUUUUAUUCAAAUUUUCUGUUAUUUAUACAUAAGAUAUAUUUUUCAGAUGUUUUUGGAAUCAGUUUUCAUAAUUUUUUAUUAUUUUUUUUCUAACCACAUUUUUAAGCAUUGGGGACAUCCCCUCAGGGGGUCUCGCUCUCUCUCUCUCUGUUGCUGCUGUUUAUGACGUUCCAGCCGUGAUGACGUAAUGUGGAUCAAUGUAUCUCCUGGUACCGAGUAUAGGAUAUAAUAUUACAUAAAAUAUAAAGAAAUAAUAAAAAAAU